GCCAUGAAGACCUGGACCAGGUCUUCUCGCAGCAGAGUGCAUUCAUUGGCCGUCACUGCUUUGAUUCCGCUUCGGAGGUUGUGCAGUUGAUAGACUCCACAUAUCGGCCAGAUGAUGUUGGGGAACGGGAAAGGAAACGAGCCAAGACUGCCAGUGUUACCAUGACGUGCGUCAAACUGGAUUCUGUGGCAUUGUGGCAGGACUGGGCAAAGUCGGCCAAGUUCGUUUCUGUCUUCGUGGAGACCUGGACCCUUCUUCUUAUGGCGGGAUGUGAACCGAGCCCUGAAGACAUCAUGCUUCUUGCAAAACGGUUUAUGGCAGAUGCCACGCCGUACUAUGUGGCGUGUGUUGUCUCAGCUCAACGAGCGGCAGACCUGCGAAGCAGCUUUCAGCAGCCCACAGGUACGGCUGAUCGCCGAGCGAUCAGCCCGAAGGUUCGUAAGAACAUCACUGCUCUAGCACCGAAAUGUGUAAAUCAGGGCAUUUUGAGCCGCGAGGCAGAAGCCUACUUGACCAACUGGUGCGAAGGGACUUGGCAAAAGCAGCCGAGGCCUGUCUCUUACAGUCACUUGGAAUACCGCAGGCCCGACGAUCGGGUCUUCGGCGUGAAUGCAGUGGGCUCUCGCAUGCCUUGGCGAAAGCCUCCCCGUAGCCGUGUGAUCAACUUGCGUUCGAGCGCAGAACGUGGAUCUGACGAUGAGGCGUCGGACCACGAUAAUGCAGAAGUGGAUUUCGAUGCCCAGACUUAG